GAAGAUGGAAAUAUAAAAAGAGUCGAACCCUCAAAAAGGAUUUUCUCCUACAGAGAGUGAGAAAGACAGAGUGAGAGAAGUGACAGAGAAAGCUUCGGUUCGACGCUGCUCAAAAUGGUGAACUACAUGCUGAAGAUCGUUGCCGACCUCGAAAACCUAACCAACCUCCAGCCUCAUGGCGGCUGCGACGAUCCCUCCUUCACCUAUCUCUUCAAGCUGAAAUGUGGGAGGUGUGGAGAGUUGAGUCAGAAGGAAACAUGUGUGAGCUUGGGCGACGCCGUUCCUCUUCCACAGGGCAGGGGAACCACCAAUCUCGUUCAGAAGUGCAAGUUUUGCAUGAGGGAAGGAACUGUAACGAUGAUCUCAGGCCGAGGUCGACCACUGACCCAGGAAGACUGUGAAGAAGGAAAAUUUGCACCUUUGAUGCUUUUUGAUUGCAGGGGUUACGAGCCUGUAGGUUUUGUAUUUGGUGGUGGCUGGAAGGUUGAAUCUCUGGAAGGGACAAAAUUUGAAGGUGUUGACUUGUCUGGUGACGAGUUUGCUGAAUAUGAUGAGAAGGGAGAGUGCCCAGUGAUGAUAUCCAACCUCCGAUCUACUUUUGAUGUGGUGAAGUGAAGUAAUACUAAUCUCCUGCUCGGACA